AUGUCUCUCGCUGCAUCACGUGCCGUAUUACGGCAAUCGACGUUCGCCGUCCGCCGCGCUGGCAUCCGCAAUGCCUCGACGACCGCCGAAGCCACCAACACCGUAAAGGAAACCGCGUCAAAGGCACAGUCCAAGGCAUCAGAGGGUCUCACCAAGGUCACAAGCUCCGCGAGCUCUGCGGCGUCGGGUGCCGGUCAAGCCGUCAACAAUGCGACACAGCAAGCCACUGGACGGGUAGGAAGGAUGGUCAACUUCGUGCAAGGACUGGUUCCCAAGGCUACCUACUACGGAAGGGUCGGACUUGAGCUCGGCAAGCUCAUUGCCCACCAACGAAGCAUGCAACCACCAUCCAUCCAGACUAUGCAGAACUACAUCCAGCCCGCAUUGAACGCUCUCCGCAACCCCAGCUCCCUCUUCAACCGCGUAGCCAGCGAGGCCAACAGCGCCGCCCAGCAACCCGCCAACGUCCUUGCGCAAGUUCGGAACAUGCCCCGCGAACAGUGGUACUCUAUGGGCGUUGUUUUUGCCGAGGUCAUCGGUUUCUUCUCCGUUGGCGAGAUCAUUGGCCGAUUCAAGCUUGUUGGCUACCGGCAGAAGAAGGACGAGCACCACUGA